AUGGCUAUAGCCAGUGCUGCAGCGUACUAUGAAGAAAGAGAUUCUGAGAAACGUUUCAUGGCUAUAGCCAGUGCUGCAACGUACUAUGAAGAAAGAGAUUCUGAGAAACGUUCCAUGGCUAUAGCCAGUGCUGCAUCGUACUAUGAAGAAAGAGAUUCUGAGAAACGUUCCAUGGCUAUAGCCAGUGCUGCAACGUACUAUGAAGAAAGAGAUUCUGAGAAACGUUCCAUGGCUAUAGCCAGUGCUGCAGCGUACUAUGAAGAAAGAGAUUCUGAGAAACGUUCCAUGGCUAUAGCCAGUGCUGCAGCGUACUAUGAAGAAAGAGAUUCUGAGAAACGUUCCAUGGCUAUAGCCAGUGCUGCAACGUACUAUGAAGAAAGAGAUUCUGAGAAACGUUCCAUGGCUAUAGCCAGUGCUGCAGCGUACUAUGAAGAAAGAGAUUCUGAGAAACGUUCCAUGGCUAUAGCCAGUGCUGCAACGUACUAUGAAGAAAGAGAUUCCGAGAAACGUUCCAUGGCUAUAGCCAGUGCUGCAGCGUACUAUGAAGAAAGAGAUUCUGAGAAACGUUCCAUGGCUAUAGCCAGUGCUGCAACGUACUAUGAAGAAAGAGAUUCCGAGAAACGUUCCAUGGCUAUAGCCAGUGCUGCAACGUACUAUGAAGAAAGAGAUUCCGAGAAACGUUCCAUGGCUAUAGCCAGUGUUGCAGCGUACUAUGAAGAAAGAGAUUCUGAGAAACGUUCCAUGGCUAUAGCCAGUGCUGCAGCGUACUAUGAAGAAAGACAUUCUGAGAAACGUUCCAUGGCUAUAGCCAGUGCUGCAGCGUACUAUGAAGAAAGAGAUUCUGAGAAAUGUUCCAUGGCUAUAGCCAGUGCUGCAGCAUACUAUGAAGAAAGAGAUUCCGAGAAACGUUCCAUGGCUAUAGCCAGUGCUGCAACGUACUAUGAAGAAAGAGAUUCCGAGAAACGUUCCAUGGCUAUAGCCAGUGCUGUAACGUACUAUGAAGAAAGAGAUUCCGAGAAACGUUCCAUGGCUAUAGCCAGUGUUGCAGCGUACUAUGAAGAAAGAGAUUCUGAGAAACGUUCCAUGGCUAUAGCCAGUGCUGCAGCGUACUAUGAAGAAAGACAUUCUGAGAAACGUUCCAUGGCUAUAGCCAGUGCUGUAACGUACUAUGAAGAAAGAGAUUCCGAGAAACGUUCCAUGGCUAUAGCCAGUGCUGUAACGUACUAUGAAGAAAGAGAUUCCGAGAAACGUUCCAUGGCUAUAGCCAGUGCUGUAACGUACUAUGAAGAAAGAGAUUCCGAGAAACGUUUCAUGGCUAUAGCCAGUGCUGCAGCGUACUAUGAAGAAAGAGAUUCUGAGAAACGUUUCAUGGCUAUAGCCAGUGCUGCAGCAUACGUGAAAAAAGAGAUUCCGAGAAACGUUCCAUGGCUAUAG